AUGGUUGACAAACGUGUAAUUAAGCCAUCAUCUGAUUUUCACGUGGACUCAGAGGAAGGUGUGGAAGCUGGCCACGAGACGCCAGAAACAGUUAUUAAUCCAGGCACCCCUCAGCAAGCAGCUGAUGAAACUCACUCAUCACAACAACAUGAGCAUCUCAACGUCCCACCAAAGGAAUCACAGCAGAAAAAAGGAUCUAGGUCACCGUCUCCUGACUUGACUGGUCCAACUAGCUUCAAGAUUGCAACUCAAAUGGCUCGACUCAACCAAUUGAGAAGGAUGAAGGUGCAAGCUGAUGACGUAAACAGAACCACCAUGACUUUUCAAUUGAUUCAAGAAAAGAUGGAGAUGCUCAAGCAAGUCUGGAGAGAGUUCUUGGCUGAACAUGAACUCAUUGGUAAAGGUUGUCGUGUUACACUAUUCAGACACCCUUACAUGACUGAUAAUAUGUUUGAUCAAGCAUAUAAUCUGUUUGAUCAAACCAAUGACCAACUGCACUCACUCAAAUCGGAACUACAUUGUCGAGAAAUCCAAAGAUCACUCACUGCAGCAGGGAUUACUCCAGCUCCAUCAAUAUACACUCCAUUCACAAGAGCUCAACUUCCUGAAAUUAAGCUGAAAUCGUUUGAUGGUCAAUACUCAACGUGGCCAGAGUUUCGUGACUUAUUCAAAUCACUUGUCAUCGAUCGACACGGACUUGCAAAUGUAGAGAAACUCCAUUACUUAAAAUCCAGUCUGACUGGACUACCAGCUCUACUGAUUAAGAACAUUCCAUUGAAUGAUGACUCAUUCGAAUCAGCUUGGAGAACACUCACCGAAAGAUACGAUGACAAGGAAAGGUUGAUCUUCUCUCACAUAGACAGCUUAUUGACUAACUCACCAGCUCCAAUAAAGACUGCUCAAGACAUUGAUCAACUCAGCGGCAAUCUACGCCAAAAUCUUGAUGCACUACGAAGUCUCAACGUCCCUGUACAACAUUGGGAUUAUAUACUGAUCACCAUUGUGACAAAAAAGCUCGACUCAUCUCUUAGGGAGGCUUGGGAAGUGAAAAGAAGCUCCUCAACUGGCACAACUCAACUAGGGGAUUUAAUGCGAUUCUUGAAUGCUAGAGCAAGAGCCCUAGAAUCAGCUCAUCCGUCAUCCAACCAGUCCAACUCAUCUACAAGUCACAACAAAGGAGCAAUUCAAAAAAAAUCAACUCAGCAAGCUAGAUCGUCUCAUCAGGCUAGCCAAAAGUCUGACUAUCCAUGUGAUCUAUGUAAAGGGAAUCAUUACAUAGUUGCAUGUGAAAAAUUCAGGAAGUUAACAGAAGCAGAAAGCUCAACUCAGACACAACCUACUGAUCAAUCUCAAGUGCCAGCUGUCAUUCAUCAUCAACGUCAACUCAACCAAAUUGAACACUCACCAACACGAUUUGCUGUACUCUUGGCAACAGCUGAAGCACUUUUGAUCACUCACCACUCAGCUACACCUGUCAGACUGCUCAUUGACCCAGGGUCUGAAUUAACAUUCAUCUCAAACAAUCUGGUGUCAGCAUUAAAACUCCAGAGACAACACUCAACAAUUCCAAUCAAAGGAAUUGGAAAUAAACUGACCAUUUACACACUAGGUCAAACUUUAAUAAAGCUCCAAUCUCGUCAUGACUCACAAUCAGUUAUUGUAAAGGCUCACAUAUUACGACAACUCACAACCACUCUUCCAACAAUAACUGAAGAAAAUCUACAUUGGCCAGAACUUGAAUCACUCAACUUAGCUGAUCCUGACUAUCUAUCACCACGGUCAGUGGAUAUUAUUGUGGGUGCUGAUUAUUAUGGAUUAAUUAGCAAGCCAUCACUCAUCAGAUGCCAAGAAUCAGCAUUGAUCGCUCAAGAAACAUUAUUUGGUUGGGUAAUACUUGGCCCAAUACCUCACUCAUCAUCGUCGACUCAUCAUGCAUCAACUCACCUGGUUGUUGAACAAUCAGAGAAUCAACUCAACGACUUAUUGCAAAAGUUCUGGACUCAAGAAGAAAUAGCUGACAGUGAUACUCAACAAAAUUCACCAGAUGAUGAAUCAUGUGAACUUCACUAUCGAACAACUCACUCACGUGAUCAUACUGGAAGAUACACUGUCAGAAUUCCAUUGAAAACAUCGCCAACUCACCUUGGAGCAUCAUUUAACACAGCCUAUAGAUGCCUGAAAAGAACAAUUCAACUGCUCAACAAGAACAACUCCUAUGCUAGCCUUUACAAAGCAUUCAUGAAAGAAUACGAAGAUCUAGGACACAUGGUGAAGGUAACAUCACACUCAUCAAUGAAGACAGGACAACCAGUGAUUGUUUCUGGUGAUCUGACGACUGGGAUGACCUUAGCACAUGAUACUCCGGUAUCAGGAGGGUUGAGGGUCUCAGGAGAAGGGUCAUUGGAGCAUUCAGCUGGCUCUUGUGCUUCUAACUCACACUCUAAUCCGUAUUACCUGCCUCACCAUGGUGUUCUACGUGAAGACAGUGAAACAACAAAACUCAGAGUAGUAUUCAACGGAUCCAGCAACUCAUCAACUGGUCUCUCGGUCAAUGAUCUUCAGUACAUUGGACCGAAAAUUCAACGAGACAUUGCAGACAUACUCAUCUGGAUCAGACAGUAUCGAGUUGUCUUCUCAUCAGACAUUACAAAAAUGUAUAGACAAAUCAAUGUUCAUAAGGACGAUUGGGACUUGCAACGAAUCCUUUGGAUUGAUGAUCGACUCAACGCAGUUCCAUACCAGCUCACAACUGUCACCUAUGGCACUCGAUCCGCUCCAUACCUCGCAAUUCGCACUAUGUUACAACUUGUCGAGGAUGAGGGACAGAGAUUCCCGCUAGCAAAAGAUCCACUCAUUAAAGGCAGAUAUAUAGAUGAUAUCUUUGGAGGAUCUGACUCACAUGAACAACUCAAAGAAAUUGCAUCACAGGUAAUUCAACUGUGUGCUGCAGGAGGAUUUCCAUUAGCAAAAUGGCACAGUAACUCACUCAACUUUAUCCAGCACAUCUCAACAAGCUCACCAUCUGAAACAACUCACAUAUUUGAAAACAGCAGCGCAAAAUUGCUAGGCCUGUCAUGGAUCCCAAGAUCAGACACAUUCAAGUUCAACUCAAAGCCACCAUGCGCACGUUCCAAACUCACAAAAAGGAUUAUUCUAUCCGAGACUGCUCAACUGUAUGAUCCACUUGGUUUUCUUGCUCCGUUCAUAAUACGAGCAAAAUCACUCCUACAAGAACUUUGGCUGUCGAAAGUUUCCUGGGAUGAUCCAAUUCCAACUCAUCUUGAAACCAAGUGGAAAAACAUCCGUCAAGAACUCACCUGUGUAUCAGAAAUUUCAAUACCUCGAUGGUUAAACACCCUUAGCUCAUCUUCAGUUCAACUUCAUGGAUUUUCCGAUGCUUCUCAACUAGCUAUGGCUGCUGUUAUCUAUAUACGAUCGAUUGGACCAGAUAAUAAGAUACACUCAACGCUUGUUUGCUCAAAAACAAGGGUUGCUCCACUCAAGAAACUCUCAAUACCACGACUAGAACUCAGUGCAGCCUUACUACUUGCAAAAUUACUCAAAUACGUCCACCAAAUACUCGACGUAAAGCCAACUCACAUUUAUUUAUGGACAGACUCAACAGUUACACUCACCUGGAUCCAAGCUCACCCGUCUCGCUGGAAAGAAUUUGUCAGAAACCGAGUGUCAGCAAUUCAAGAUCUGUCUCCAAAUAGCGUGUGGAGACACGUACCUGGCAAAAGCAAUCCAGCAGACUGUGCUUCACGUGGACUUACUAUCUCCCAACUCCAGAAGCACUCACUGUGGUGGACAGGCCCACAGUGGCUCAUCAAGGACGAAUCAACAUGGCCAACUCAAGAGUUUAAGUUUGACUCACAAGCACAAAUAGAAGAGCGACCGGGGCUCUCACUCAAUGUGGUAUCAAAUCAACCAAAAUUGCAUUGGGAGAUGCUCUUAAAAUUCUCAUCACUCACGCGACUACUCAGAGUAACCGCAAUUUGCUUUCGAGUUAGCCAACUCAUCAAGAAGAUACCACACUCAAGUCUCUAUUACCCGUUAACGCCACUCGACAUCGAACGGGCUAGAGUACUAUGGAUCAAAUCAACUCAGUCUGCAUAUUUUAAGAAUGAACUCAACAUGAUCAGCUCAUCAAGACUACCAAAAGGACAUGCCCUACUUCGACUCACUGCCUUCAUUGACACUCAAGGCAUUGUGCGAGUAGGUGGACGACUCACUAACUCAUUGAUGGAACGUGAUACUAUGCAUCCAAUCAUCCUACCGCAGACUGCUCACUUGUCAAAACUCAUCAUCGCCGACGCUCACCAAAAAACAAUGCAUGGUGGAACACAAGCAACACUCACCUUCAUACGGCGAUCUUAUUGGAUUCUGGGUGGUCGGAUUCCAGUUCGAUCAUUUAUUUUUAACUGUAUGAAGUGUGCUCGACAACGUGGCGAACGAGCACAGCAGCUAAUGGGUCAACUACCAGCAAGCCGAGUCACCCCAUCUCGACCCUUCUCCAUUAGUGGCGUGGACUACGCUGGUCCUGUCACUCUGAAGUCAUGGAAAGGGAGAGGCGCCAAACAUCAAAAAGGAUGGAUGUGUGUCUUUGUUUGCUUCUCAACUUCUGCAGUUCAUCUAGAACUUGUCAGUGAUUAUUCAUCAGACUCAUUUAUUGCUGCUUAUAGACGAUUCACAGGGCGAAGAGGCAUCUGCACAACACUCUACAGUGAUUGCGGCACAACUUUCAUUGGAGCAGAUGCACAACUCAAGCGACUAUUCAAUCAGGGAACUCAAGAAUUUUCUCAUCUGCACUACUCAUUGACAAAUGAAGGAACAACUUGGAAGUUCAACCCGCCAGCAGCUCCUCACAUGGGAGGAAAGUGGGAGGCAGCUGUAAAAUCAAUUAAAUACCAUCUCAACCGUACUGUUGGCGAAACAGCACUCACUUUUGAAGAAUUCAAUACUCUGCUCAUCCAAAUUGAAGCUAUACUCAACUCACGACCUUUGCAACCACUCACAGAAGACCCUGAUGAUCUGUCAACACUCACUCCAGCUCAUUUUUUGAUUGGUGAACCACUUACAGCAAUUCCAGAACCAUCAUUACUCACUAUUCAACCAUCUAGAUUGACUCGAUGGCAACUCUUACAACAGAAAAUGCAACUGUUCUGGAAAACAUGGUCUUCUCAAUACCUGCAACGACAACUAUCAAUCUCAAAGUGGUAUCACCGUUCUCACCAAUUGAAGGUUGGAUCUCUAGUUCUACUCACUGAUGAGAGGUUCCCACCAGCUAAGUGGCCUCUUGCCAAGAUCACUCAACUCAUCCCAGGAUCAGAUGGACUCACCAGAGUAGUCAAGCUCAAGACAGCAACAACUGAACUCACCAGACCAAUCACCAAACUGGCUAUUCUUCCCUACUCACCUCACGAUGACCAACUCAACGACGACCAAUCAAGCAAUGAUCAGCAUCAAGUUGCUGAUGGCGGGGAGAAUGUUGAAACUUAG